AAACAGACAACAGCUGUCCGAGUGUACAUUUGAAGUCUAUCCAGAUAUUUAUUUUUUGUGCCCGGCCAAAAAAUGCGAAGACAUUUGAAACAAAAUAUAAAACAACUGACGACCAGCUACCAAAAUGGUUUUUAUUCACCCCGGCAUGUUACUGAUUGUGCCUUAGAUAAUGCUGUUAAGUUUAAAGAGCUAAAUGCCUUCAUCCGCAUCACACCGGAGUUGGCGUUACAUCAGGCCAAAGAAUCAGCCCAUCGUUAUCAUGAGAAACAAAGUAAGGGUGCAUUGGAUGGUAUAACCAUUGCCAUAAAGGAUAAUUUCUGUACCGAAAAUGUACACACAACCUGUGCCUCAAAAAUGUUGGAAAACUUUGUACCGCCUUACAAUGCCACCGUUUAUGAACGUUUGUUGAAAGCUGGUGCUAUUUUAAUAGGAAAAACAAAUAUGGAUCAAUUUGCUAUGGGUUCUGGUACGGUAGAUUCUAUUUUUGGUCCAUCCAAAAAUUGUUGGAGUGAAGAUUUUAGUGAAAACAACUGGCGUAUAACUGGUGGUAGUUCUGGGGGCUCAGCCUUAGCUGUUGCCAGUGGCAUUUGUUAUGGUUCAAUUGGUUCCGAUACUGGCGGCUCAACUCGUAAUCCUGCCUCGUAUUGUGGUGUUGUAGGUUUCAAACCAACCUACGGUUUAGUUUCCAGACAUGGACUUAUUCCCUUAGUAAAUUCCAUGGAUGUACCUGGUAUAUUUACACGUUGUGUAAGCGAUUGUGUGGAUAUUCUAAAUGCGGUGGCUGGUCCAGAUAAUCGAGACUCCACUACCAUCAAAAAACCUUAUCGCCAAAUUAACCUUUCCGAACCAGAUCAAAUUGAUUUAAAAAACAUACGUAUUGGCAUACCUAAAGAAUAUCAUUGUAAUGGCUUAUCAGCAGAAGUACUACAGACCUGGAGAAAAAUUGCCGAUAUACUGGAAACUGGAGGGGCGCAAGUGAAACAAGUUUCGCUUCCACACACUGCAGCCAGUAUUUUUGUGUACUCGAUUUUAAAUCAAUGUGAAAUAGCCAGUAAUAUGGCCCGUUACGAUGGCAUAGAAUAUGGUCAUCGUGCCGAUGAUGACAGCAGUACGGAACAAUUAUAUGCGAAAACAAGAGCCGAAGGAUUUAAUAAUGUGGUAAAGACCAGAAUUUUAACUGGCAACUACUUCUUAUUGCGCCAAAAUUAUGAUAAAUAUUUUGAGAAGGCUUUACGAGUAAGACGUUUAAUUGCCGAAGACUUUCAACGUGUUUUUGUCACUGGCGACAAUGAUGAAAAAGCGGAUAUACUUUUAACACCAUCUACAUUAUCGGAUGCACCAUUAUAUAAGGAUUUUGUUUCGGUUUCGAAUCGCGAUCAAUGUGCAGUGCAAGAUUUCUGUACUCAGCCGGCCAAUAUGGCUGGCAUACCUGCAAUUUCCAUACCAAUCAGAGUGUCUAGUCAAGGCUUGCCCAUAGGUCUGCAACUAAUGAGCAAUACUCUCAACGAAGAACAGCUGCUUACUGUUGCCAGAUGGAUAGAGGCCCAAGUCAAUUUUAAUUGUUUUGAUAAUGAACAACUUUCCAAAAUUAGUAAAUAAUUUUAAAUUUAUUGAAAAAA